UUGUGGAACGUACCCCUUAAAUCUGGUAGCAGAGAUCGGCUGUAUAUUCCAAUAUGUCGCCCUGGACUGUUGCUGUUCUUCUUUCUUGUUGCUUCGUUGGUUUUGUGACAGCUGAGCGCCUGUCAUGUUAUGACUGUUUUCUGGAGACUGACGAGUUAAAAUGCAACACGACUUACACCUGUAAAGAAGGCGAGGUAUGUUACAUUAACCGGCUCAUCGGAGACUUCUACGGGAACCCGUGCCUUUACAAUCUCGGAUGUAAAAUAAUAGAGGAAUGCAGUUCCCUUCAGGAGCAGCUACAGACAGGAAAUCCGAGCCCGACAAGGAUACGUGACGGUGACGCUAUCGACUAUAUGGACUGUUGCACCACUCCUGGGUGUAACCGGCACCGGAUCACACCUCCAAGUGACAUGUGUGUUGUACAGAAUUAACGAGCACAAUGUCAGUGCGUCAAUUUGUCAUCAUGUGUCCCUUAAAAAUGGAGACUUUAUAUAA